AACUAAAGUUCGAUCAAUAGAUGUUGAAUUUCUUAGAAAGGCCUUCUGGUAGCUUAUUAACUUUGUUAUGAAUUAUGGUUUGCUCAUUUGGUAAGAUUGUAUAAGAAUUGGGGAAGUUUUGAUAGUUUUUCCAACUUGUGGGAUUUUUAUGUUUAUGAGAAAGAUACAACUUAAGAAAUCCAAAUUGCAUGUCCAAAAAAAACUUCAACUUCAAAUCGGCCCGAUUUCAAAUCACCAAAUCAUGUCCAAACGGGGCCUUAAAUACACCACGUGGGAUAUUGAAAUUAAAGAGUGGCCAAAUUAGGAAAGAGAUUAAGACAAAAAAUUCAAACUGAGGGAGUAGUAAUACUCCCCCCAUCUCAAAUUAUCCGUCGUACUUUCUAAAAAUAGUUGUCUCAUUUAAUUUGUCACUUUAGAAGUUCAAGACAAACUUUAUUUUUCUUUUUCCAUUUUAGCCUUAGUAGUAAUUGUUCUUGAAGACUACAAACACCUCAAUAAUGGUGAGAUGACACAUAAAUAAAGUAAAUAUUAAUUGAAUAGAGAUCAUAUCUUAAGACAUAAAUAAGGAUAAAAUAGUCGAAAUCUUCCUAAUUACUACUUCCUCCGGUUCAAAAUAAGUGUCCACUUACAUAAUCAAGAAGGGAUUAACUUUAAUUUUCCGGAUUUGCCCUUAUUUACUCAAUGCAAUAAAUAGUCAAGAGUCUUAUUAAUUAAGGUAGUUGAGUCAAAAUGCCUAUUUUUCCUAGGAGUUAAUAUUUUCUUAAGGGUGUGUUAAAGGCUAAGUGAACACUUAUUUUGAAUUAGAGGGAGUAAUAUUUUCUUAAGGGACUUGUAAGAGAGAAACACGACUUAUAAUUUGAGACCAAGGGAGUAACACAAGAAGUACAAGAGAUCUUAGAAGGCCUAGGAGGUAACGCUUAUUCACUCCUAAAAAAGUAAAAUUCAUCGCGUUUCAUUCUGCUUUCCCUCGUGUUGCAAACUUGCAAUAAAACCUAGCAGGGUUGCACUUUGUCCUUGACGGCGGCGAUUUCCACGUACUCCGUGAAAGGCGUAAAUGGAAGUGGAAGGACAACAAUUGAAGAAAAGGAAGCAACUUGGCCGAGAUUCAAUGCACGUCUCGUCCUCAUCCAUGGAUUAUCGGAGAUCCUGCGAUAAUAAACCUCGCAAAUUUUUUAACCGUUACAGCCUACCCGCAGGUUGGUUAUCUUGCCCUCCAUACGGUGAUAACAUAGGCUUUAUUAUCCCAUCAAAAGUGCCUCUAAGUGAAUCAUUCAACAAGAAUAUCCCUCCUGGAGAAAGAUACACCCCAAAAGAACUAAUCGACAAGCAAAGAUGUUUAGGGAGAGAAAUCGGACUGGUGGUUGAUUUAACAAACACUGAUCGUUACUAUCCAGAAUCAGAUUGGACCAGUCAUGCUAUUAGACAUGUUAAGAUUCGAUGCCCGGGGCAGGACUCUGUACCUGAUGCUGAGUCUGUAGAUAAUUUAUUUCUGAGUAUGCUCUGCCUAUCUGUACCUGAUGGUGAGUCUGUAGAUAGAUUUAUUUCUGAGGUCGUGCAGUUGACAUCUCAAGCAAGUAAAUAUGCUGUUGUCCACUGCACUCAUGGCCACAACCGAACUGGCUACAUGAUUGUACAUCUUCUUGUACGCAAUCAGUCACUCAGUGUCGGUGAGGCAAUAGCAAAAUUUGCCCAAGCUCGCCCUCCAGGUAUUUACAGACUGAAGUAUGUUGAAGCAUUAUAUGACUUCUAUCUUCAGUCAAAGCCUGAACUUUUGGUCUGUCCCCAAACUCCGGAAUGGAAGAGAGACUCUGAUCAAGAUAAUGGGAAUCUUACAAGAGCAGGAGCGGUGUCAGAUGCAGAUUUUGGGGACGAAUGUAUCCCAUUUGCUGAGGUUCAGAUGAUGAGGAACUUCUGCAAUCAAGUGCUCAAUUUGGAUGUACAGGCCAGAAGAAAUACCGGAAUUCCAGGAUCUUGCCCGGUCUAUCUCGACAGGGACAAAUUGCAUCUUCUAAGCCAGCAACUCUACCAUGUCACCUGGAGUGCUGAGGGGCCAAGAAACAUGAUGCUAAUAGAUAGGGAGAAUUGUUAUUUGAUUGAUCCACAGUUCUAUUUCAGGAAGGUCCAGUUGCGGUUUCCUUGCAAAUAUAUCUAUGAGGGUAGAGCUGACAUUACUCAUCACUACACGUUGCUUGAUGGUGAAUUGAUAACCGAGACUGAGCCAGAGACACAAGUGAAGAGGACUACUUUCCUCAUUCAUGAUAUGAUAUCAAUUAAUGAAGUCUCUGUUACAGAGCUACCUUUCCAUCAUCGAUUAAUGCUAAUUGAAGACGAGGUGAUCCGGCCCCGUAAUUUUGAACGUGAAUUUUUAUUCACAUGUGUAAAUCCGUACUACCAAUAUGGCCUGGAACCAUUUGAAGUGAGGAGGAAGGAUUUCUAUUUGCUGUCUGCAGCUUCUAAGCUCAUCAAAGAUAUAAUGCCAAAUCUUCCACAUUCAGCUGAUGGUCUUAUCUUUGAGGCCUGGAAUGCAACUUAUGUGCCUCGGGAACAUGAUGGACGCUUGAAAUGGAAAUAUCCUGGAAAAAAUACUGUUGAUUUUCUCUUUGAGGUGGGAGUUGACGGCAGCAAUUUGGUUUAUCUGCAAGAACACGGAAACAAGAAAUUAAUUGAAGGUUGCAGAGUGAUGUUUAAAGAUGGAUCAGAUUUAUCGUUGUACUCGGGUAGGAUAAUUGAGUGCUCCUGGAACUCUCAUGAAAAUGCUUGGAUCUUUGUGCAGAUCCAAACAGACAAAUCAAACUCAGAUUAUAUUAGUGUCUGCGAGAAGGUUUGUCAUAUAGCAAUAUCAUCCUUCCUUUACAGCUUUUCCAACUAUUAUUGACCGAAGAAACAUUUU